UUCUCACCAUUUCGCUCCUCCUCUUCCCCUUUCACUCAAUCCUGCUCUCACUCGUACAAACAUAUCCUGUCGAAAUUUCCAGAAUUAAAUCCUCCGAAUUCACCAAAACCUAUGCCUUUUUUUCCAUUUAAUUCACAAUAAUGUGGUUCCUCGUACCUCAGUUGAACUGUUUUGAAAAAUUUAAAAAGUGCCUCGUAUUUAUCGUAUAAUAGUAACAGGGUCAGAUAUCGGGUUAUCCAUUAUCAGUGGAGGAGUCAAUGAAGAGAUACGAUGUGGGAUACGCGCUGGCUCCAAAGAAACGAGCCAGUUUCAUUCAACUAUCCCUCGUCAACCUCGCGAAGGAACGAGGAAUCGAUCUCAUCAAAAUCGAUACAGAUAAGCCGUUGAUUGAUCAAGGACCGUUCGAUUGCGUGCUCCACAAACUCUACGGCGACGAUUGGAAGCGUCAGUUGAAGGACUACGCUUCCCAAAACCCUCACGCGCUCAUAAUCGACUCGCCCGAAUCGAUUGAGCGGUUGCACAAUCGGAUUUCGAUGCUUCAGGUUGUGACGGAGCUCGAGAUCGAGGGCCAAAUGGCGUCGUUUGGGAUUCCUAAGCAGACUGUAAUAUACGAUGCGAAAAUGGUGUCGGCUUUAUACCUUGAAAAUGAAGGGUUGAAAUUUCCUGUGAUUGCGAAACCAUUAGUGGCUGAUGGAAGUGCGAAGUCACAUAAAAUGUUACUUGUGUUUAACAAAGACGGGCUAGGAAAAUUGAAACCGCCCAUUGUGUUACAGGAGUUUGUGAAUCACGGGGCAGUGAUUUUUAAGGUGUAUGUGGUUGGUGAUUAUGUGAAAUGUGUUAAGAGGAAGUCAUUACCCGAUGUGACGGAGGAUAAUUUAGGGAGACCAGAGAGUUACUUGUCGUUUUCGCAGGUUUCUAAUUUGAAUACAUGUGAAAAGAAUGAUGAUAAAUACUAUAAAUUGAUGAAUUUGGAUGAUGCGGAAUUGCCCCCUUUGAGUUUUCUUACUGAUAUAGCUAGGGGACUUAGGCGGGCAACGAAAUUGCAUCUUUUUAACUUUGAUGUGAUUAGGGAUAAUAGAGUUGGAAAUAGAUAUCUUGUCAUUGAUAUUAACUAUUUCCCUGGGUAUGCAAAGAUGCCGAAUUAUGAGAGCGUGUUAACUGACUUUUUCUGGGAUGUAUUGAAUCAGAACGAUAAGGGUAUUGAGAGUUUAACGAAGGGUAAUUGCGAAAAGGAAGUUAGGGUUUUGGUCGGGAAUAACGGGUGUGGUGAGGAUGAAGGAGCAUUGCCUGUGUCACCUAUUAAGAAGGAAGAUAACGAGAACCCUAUUCUGGUUUAAAAUGUGAAGUGCAGAAUUCAAACUGGUAUAGCUUGUAGUUGGCCACUGGUUGCUAUGGCGAAUUUGCUGAAGUGUCGGAUUUUUCUCUUGCAAGUUACAAAGGUUAAAGUAAGCUGAGGGUACUCAUUUAGGUAGGAGUUGGUAUAGCAGUGAAUAAGUAGGUUCUUUGAUCUGAUAUUGCCUUCUGAAGGCAUUAGAUGGUAAUCUUUGUUCAACAUGUACAUUCUAUCUUUGCAGUGAGAUAGGUACUUCCGCAGAUACUCUUUCUCAGGAAAACUAAGUUUUUCCUUUAAGGCAAUUGUAAUUCCUGGAUGAAAAUAUCUUAAUGUGUGCUUUUGACUACUUUGAUAAAUGAAUUUUUCUGUUUUUUCAA